UCUCUCUCUCUCUCGCCUAGCUAGUCAGUCACUCCGCGCCUGACCUGAGGGGCGGCGGCGGCGGCGGCAGAGGAGCCGGUUACAGCGCUCUGGGAGCCUCCCCCUCAUCGCCUCCAUCGCAGACAGACGGAAGGGCGGGACUUGCCCCCGCCGGCUCCCGAGAGUGGCUCAGCGGUGCCUUGCCUGCCUACCGACGGCGGCGGCGGCGGCGGCGGCAGGGCAGCAACAAGAGGAGGAGGAGCCGGAGCAGCAGCCGGAGCAGCAGCCAUGGCCUCAGGCAGCGGGCGGCGAGGCCGGGAGCGGGGGGAGCCGGCGGACGAAGAGCUCCCCGUCUACCUGGCCCGCCCGGGCACCGCCGACCAAGUGCCCCGCCAGAAGUAUGGCGGGAUGUUCUGCAGCGUCGAGGGCGCCUUCGAGAGCAAGACGCUGGACUUCGGGGCGCUCAGCGUGGGGCAGCGCGGAGCUCGCCGCGCCCCGUCCCGGCAGCAGGAGCCUCUGCAACCGCCCGCGGCCGCUCCUCCUCCGGAGGAAGCCCCACUGGGCGUCGUCGAAAUCCGGGCCCCUUCGGGCAAAGAGCGGCUCCAAAACCUCGGCCACGAGGAUGGCAAGAGUGAUCGUCUUCUCAUUAAAGGAGGCAGAAUAGUCAAUGAUGACCAGUCUUUCCACGCUGACAUUUACAUGGAGGAUGGGCUUAUAAAGCAAAUUGGAGACAACUUGAUAGUGCCAGGUGGUGUGAAGACCAUAGAGGCUAAUGGAAGGAUGGUUAUCCCUGGAGGAAUCGAUGUUCACACUCACUUGCAGAUGCCUUAUAAGGGGAUGACAGCAGUAGAUGACUUCUUCCAAGGGACAAAAGCGGCCUUGGCGGGUGGGACCACCAUGAUCAUUGACCAUGUUGUACCUGAGCCAGAGGCCAGCCUGAUAGAAGCCUAUGAGAAAUGGCGAGAGUGGGGCGAUGGGAAGGCUUGUUGUGACUACUCACUGCAUGUGGACAUCACCCACUGGAAUGACAGUGUCAAACAGGAAGUGCAGACACUCAUAAAAGAAAAAGGAGUUAACUCUUUUAUGGUUUACAUGGCCUAUAAGGAUUUGUACCAGAUGUCAAAUACAGAGCUGUAUGAGAUAUUUAGUUUCUUGGGAGACCUUGGUGCAAUAGCUCAGGUUCAUGCUGAAAAUGGAGAUAUCAUUGCACAGGAGCAAGCAAGGAUGCUGGAAAUGGGAAUAACUGGCCCAGAGGGUCAUGUGCUGAGUAGGCCAGAAGAGUUGGAAGCAGAAGCUGUCUUCCGUGCUAUCACCAUUGCCGGCCAGACCAACUGCCCCUUGUAUGUGACCAAAGUAAUGAGCAAGAGUGCAGCUGACCUAAUUUCACAAGCCAGGAAAAAAGGUAAUGUAGUGUUUGGUGAGCCAAUUACAGCUAGUCUUGGAACAGAUGGAACACACUAUUGGAGCAAAAACUGGGCAAAGGCAGCUGCAUUUGUGACUUCCCCCCCUCUGAGUCCAGAUCCAACAACCCCUGAUUACAUCAACUCCUUACUGGCCAGUGGGGACCUGCAAGUCUCAGGAAGUGCACAUUGUACAUUCAGUACAGCGCAGAAAGCAAUUGGGAAAGACAACUUCACUGCCAUCCCAGAAGGAACUAAUGGGAUUGAGGAACGGAUGUCAGUUAUCUGGGACAAGGCAGUGGCUACAGGCAAAAUGGAUGAAAACCAGUUUGUAGCUGUAAGUAGCACCAAUGCUGCCAAGAUCUUCAACAUGUACCCGAGGAAGGGGAGAAUUGCUGUGGGGUCAGACAGCGACCUGGUCAUAUGGGAUCCUGAUGCAGUGAAAAUUGUCUCUGCUAAAAGCCACCAGUCAGCUGCUGAAUACAACAUAUUUGAAGGAAUGGAGCUACGUGGAGCUCCACUGGUUGUCAUUUGCCAGGGGAAGAUCAUGCUGGAAGAUGGCAACCUUCAUGUCACACAAGGAACUGGACGUUUCAUUCCUGGCACCCCUUUCUCAGACUAUGUCUACAAGCGCAUCAAAGCAAGGAGGAAGAUGGCUGAAAUGCAUGCCGUGCCAAGGGGCAUGUAUGAUGGGCCUGUGUUUGACUUGACAACAACACCUAAAGGGGGCACACCUGCAGGCUCUACUCGAGGAUCACCUACUAGGCAGACACCCCCAGUAAGGAAUCUUCACCAGUCUGGAUUUAGCUUAUCAGGUACUCAGAUCGAUGAAGGCAUCCGCUCAGCAAGCAAGCGCAUAGUAGCGCCCCCAGGAGGUCGUUCCAAUAUAACAUCUCUGAGUUAAGCAUCCAGUAAUCAGGGAGGGAAAGGGGAAACCAUUAUUUGAGAAAACUAAGCAAUGGUACCUUGAUAUUUAAAAAUGAAAGAGCAGUGGAGAAGGUUUAGAUUUUAAAGAAUCAAUAAGCCUCAAGCCUUAUGUUUCAUAAAUGCUACUUGCUACCUAGCUUUAAAAAAUAUUGCGGGUUUUCUUUUUUGUUUAUUCAUAGCCUUAAUAUUCCCCCCCCCCAUUUUUUUAACAUGCAUGCAAAUCUGACAGGUGACUAAGUUAAGAGUAUGUAACUGUACAUUGGUGGGUGCUUGUGUGAUGACACAUUGUAAGAAGGGGACUUGACGAAGGCAGGAAACUAAGGACAUGAACAAGCUAUUUAGUCAGGUUACUUGAGGAGAAUCAACAAAAGCGUUAGUAUUGGGGCAGGGUGGGUACAGAAGGUGGUGGGGCAGGGUAGUGGGAGGUGGAUAUGGGGGAACCAAGUAGAUCUGUGUUUUGUGUCCAUGUUCUGUUUCCACUCAACAAUGACAAGGCAGUUGCUUUGAAGCUCAUGAGGCCAUUGGAAAGCUCAGCCAUCUUUGUAAUGACUCUGUUGUAUCACCUCUUCCUGUUAGAGAAUUUAUUACUUCGUACAUUUUAUUGAAUAAAAAAUUGAAAGGCAUGUUCUUUCUAACCGACUU